AGUACUGUAAUACUGUAAGACGAAAGAAUGGACCGAAAUAAAAAUCUCGUACCUGUAUCGUGUCUACCUACAAACAAUAAAACGGCGAAGGGUUCGAGAACGAUAAGAAUCACAAAAACAGCAGCAAGCUCUUCCCUCUGUGAACAAUAGAGUGAUCCAGGAAAACAUUCUACGUUUGAUUCCGCCAUGACCGCUGCCAUUGAAACCAACCAAGAUGGCGGUGAGUCGUCGUCGGAUCCAAAACAGCAGCAUCAGAAGAUGGCGUCGAGUACGUCCUCGCGGUACCCCGUGAAAAUCAAGCGGCCGACUACCACCAGCGACAGCGGGGACCCAACCGACGAUUGCUUGUUCGACGCCAAGCGGAUAUUCCGGUUGGUCGAAGACGAACGGUACUUGUCCGCGAACGCGCUGUACCAGAGCGUUCGAGAAAGGAUCCAGCAAGGCGAAAUCGACGGCGAGAUAUUUGGCGGCAGGAGAAACAACAGCGGCACACUAUCGGGCAUCUCGGGGAAGAAACGACCGAUGCCGAAAAAGAAGAAAAACUCCAGCAGGAAAGGCAUUGAGGAGCAGAGGCGAAAGGCGGCUAUGGAACUCUUGGUGGAAAACGAAGAAAUAUUGAACAAAAUGGAAGAUCGCUGCAUCAUGUUUGAAAAAGCGAAGCUCAACAUCAACAACGACGACGACUGGACCCUGGCGCAGUCUCUUUUUGGUGUGACCACGUUCUAUAGACACGAGCAGGAUGGUAGCAUGUCGAUCAAAUUGGAGGGGCCGGUCAAAGAUUGCUCCCUCUUCGAUCAGGUUGCCGUAUUGCGAGAAUUUGAUCUGAACCAUCUUUGGGCCCCCUUUUGCACCGCGAGCAUGACUGUUGCUCACCUUGGCAAACUUGUAAGGAUUCAUAUAUCGUUGCGACAGCUGAUAUUGAACUGAUCAAACUAGAAUCGAAUGUUUCUUACCAUUAUUUUCGCGGACUGAUGAGUUGAUUCAAAGUCCACAAACAGUAACAGAAAAUGCUAUUCUACGAAAUAUCAGCUCACAUUCUAUGGUUUUUCUCUUAUAGGAUACGGUGGGUUGGUUUCUCGUCGGGCUACCUCAUUUUGGGUUGAUGCGCGAUUCGCUCUUCCGGGCCAUUGGUUGCGAUUCGAUAUACGAGGACGGAAGCCUUCUGAUUGUUGCGACCGGAAUCGAAGAUCGGCCGGAGGAUAACAACGACAACAAAACAAAUAGUCAGGUACAAGACUUACCCGAUUUGAGUCUGCAGAGCAGUUUUGAUUUCAACGCAGAAGAAGAGAGGAUAAUAGAUGAGAUUCGCAAUG